CCGGAUCGGUCAUCAUGGUGUUCCUCACGCUCUCGCGCUGGAUCCGGAACCGUGGACCGGACCGGUACUGGAAGGUCCAGGAGCUUCUGAAGAGCGCGCGGCAUUUCCGCGGCAGGAAGAACCGCUGCUACAGUCUAGCGGUGCGCGCCGUGCGCAGGGCGUUCGUCUACGCCAGCAAAGCUCGGAAAACCAAGCGACACAGCAUGAGACAGCUGUGGAUCCAGCGCAUCGCAGCCGCCAGCAGAGAGCAGCACAUGAAGUACCCCGCACUCAUACACAACCUGCUGAAGUGCAGUGUGCAGCUGAACAGACGUGCUCUGUGUGAUCUGUGUAUCUCGGAGCCGCGCUCGUUCAAGGCUCUGGCUGCUCUGGCCUGUGCUCGCCGGACCGAGGGCUUCAGAGCUGCGCUGGGCGACGGCAGCCACCCGCCGGGGGUCUUCUCACGCAUCACGCAGCCAAUCACAGCACAGCACGGCUGACCAUGUGACCCCAUCUGGAUCUCUUCCUGUAAAUAAGUGUUGUUUGUGGAUAUCAAUAA